UGAAUUCAUCGCUCUUUUUCAGAUAGAGGCACACGACAGCGACAUCAGUUCCUUUAACGAUGGCGGCAGAGGUCGCACCACUUCAGCAAUUGAAGCUGCCUUCAGGGCCUUCACCAAUUACUGCAGAGCAGCGAUAUUGGAAGUCAUUUAAGAACCAACUUGUGCUUCCUUCGCCGACGCAAUAUCCAAUCACACAUAUCACCGUUCCAGCGACGAAUCCCGCUACAAUUGGUUCUUCCAACAAUGACUACUUCGCCGUCACAACCGGUACCCGAGUCCAGAUAUACUCGAUAAGAACGAGGAAGUUAGUGAAGACGAUCACUCGUUUUGGAGAUAUUGCACGGAGCGGAGAUGUACGUCGAGAUGGUCGUAUAUUGGUGGCUGGAGACGAUACAGGAAAGAUCCAAGUAUUCGACGUCGGGUCGCGAGCCAUUCUAAAGACGUGGGCGCAACACAAGCAGCCAGUAUGGACAACCAAGUUCUCCCCAGCCGACCUAACCACUCUCAUGAGUACGAGCGACGACAAGACAGUGAGGCUAUGGGACUUGCCCAGCCAAGAAAGCACAUCAACGUUCGUAGGUCAUGGCGACUACGUGCGAAGUGGAAGCUUCAUGCCCGGAACCAUGUCGAACAUGCUAGUAUCCGGUAGCUACGACGCGACAGUCAAGCUGUGGGACCCGCGCACGCCCGGCACGGCCGUCAUGACCUUCAAGCACGCCGCGCCCAUCGAGGACGUGCUACCCUUACCCUCCGGCACCACCGUGCUCGCCUCGUCCGAGAACCAGAUCUCCGUACUCGACCUCGUGGCCGCGAAACCGCAGCACGUGAUCUCGAAUCACCAGAAGACCGUCACCUCCCUAUCCCUCGCCUCCAACGGCCGCCGCCUCGUCUCCGGCGGUCUCGACGGCCACGUCAAGAUCUUCGAGACCACCGGCUGGAACGUCGUCGCUGGCGUCAAGUACCCCUCGCCCGUGCUCGCCGUCCGCGUGAUUACCGCCGGCGCCAACGACGACGACCGCCACCUAGCCGUCGGCAUGCAGUCCGGUGUUCUCUCACUGCGCACACGGCUGACAGGGCCCGAAGCUGCGCGCGAGCGCGAGAGGGAGAAGGAGAUGUCGGCCCUGCUAUCCGGCACCAUCGACACACAUGACAAGACGAAGAACAAGCGCAAGCAGCGCCACGCCGCCUCCAAGCGUCUAGACAUGGUCGGCGAGGGCGCCGACGUCGUCAUCGCCAACGACCUCUCCCGACCCAAGCGUGAGACCCCGUGGCAGAAGGACCUGCGACACGGUCGCUUCGGCGCCGCCCUCGACCGCGUGCUCGACCCGCUCGCCAAGGACCACAGCUCUCUAAUGGUUCUAACGGUGCUGACGGCACUGCGACACCGCAGUGCGCUUCGUGAUGCCCUCGAGGGCCGCGAUGAGAAUACCGUUCAGCCCGUGCUGAAGUGGGUACAGACGCAUAUCGUCGACCCCCGCUACGUCGGCGUGUGUGUCGACGUCUCCGCGCACCUGCUAGACCUCUACGCCGAGUUCGUGGGCGGAAGUGCCGAGCUCCAGACCGCGUUCAAGACGCUGCACCGCCGCGUGCGUCUCGAGGUCGAGAGGGCACAGAUGGCGACACAGACCGGUGGGAUGUUGGGGACUCUGCUGGUUGGGAUGGAGUGAUGAUGGGGUUUCACUAGUGAUUUUACACGGUGAUACAUUAGGAAUGAAGGAGGAUCGGACUCCGGAGGAAAGAAUUUUGACCGGGGUAGAGAAAGGAGAAGUGACAGUCACGAGUUGGUUGUUCUUUUUUUGCAUGGCGACGGCGUUGUAGGUCGGGAAAAGAAAACGAUUAAAUCGACGGUAUUUACUUAUUAAAAGAGGUCGCGAUUUAGGAUUGGUUUUAUGCCUGGGUACUCGAACGAACGAGAUAUCGCCAUUAAGCAUCAUGCAUUCGUGUAGGAAUGGGGAAAGGGGCGAGAGAAAGAUGCAUACGUGCUACCACGAACUCGCUACCUUUAAAAGUUUUUACUUUUGAUACUACCUAGAGCACUAGUUCGAAUGGAUCUUGUAUUCUCACACCCAGGAGAGCAUGGAAUUGCAACCUAGACAUUCAACAUCAC